ACUCAAAUCCAACAGACCGCCAUGCCCAUAAUUGAGAAACUUGACCCAUAUAAUUUCUUUAUCACUUACAAGCUUUUCCGUGAAGCCACACGAUCAGUGAACGGUAAAAUUGUCAAGGACUUAUUGUAUCUCAAUUGUGACCUCUCGAAAGUCAUCCUCCUUGAUACGCAUCCUGAACAUGUAAGUUCACAUCCCGACAACGCCAUUAUCGUCCCCAAAUGGACCGGUACACCCGGGGACAAGGGCUUGAUUGCCAUGAUCCCCUUCUUGGAGUCCACCACAAUUUACAAGACUCCAGACGUGCAGCCCAUCCUUCAAGCGUAUGCAGGGAAAGAUAUCCCAAUCAAAUACACGGAGAAGGAAGCCGAGGCAAAGCAGAAGCAUAUCGAGGAGUGGAAGAGCAAGGCGCAUGGAUUAUCCAAGGGUGGGUUCACACCGAAUGGCAUGUUCAGUGGCGCAAGUGAACCCUCGCACUCGCCCAUCCCCUUGACUUACCUCGAGCAGAAGCGUCUUGAGGCACAGCAGCAGUAUAAAGAGGAGCAGGCAUACAUCGUGACCCACAAGGACGAGUUUGGAUGGCUAUUGGAGAAGGACAGGUGGGCGAUGGUGCGGGAGAUGAGUGGAAGUUUGUGGGGUGUUUUGGAUGCAAUGGCAGGGAAGAAGGCAGAGGCA